GACUUGUCACAGUUGUAGCAAGCACUUUACCGCAUGCAUUUACAUAUCGUAUUGAGUAUUCCGAGUAAUUAGAUUAAGCAUACGGCACGUUGCCUGCUCCAGCCAUUUCUUUCAUGAUGAAUGAACAGUUGGCAACGAAACGCGCAGCUGUCGAAGUGGAUUUUCACUUGGUACUUGGUACGCUCAACUCACAGUAAAAUCUCGUGUAAUGAAUAAAGCGAGCGAGAAAACACAAACUCGGCAAACGAAACUCACCUUUAAGCGCGGUCCCAAGACAUCAUCACCCAAUCACAUUGACUAUGAGCGUAUACAGCCAGCACAAGUGCAAUCCCAAUACGCUGUCGCAGCUCCAAUGUCAAUCAAGGCUGCAACAUCGCCAGCUGGCAAAAUGCAGCUCAAAUUGAGCGCAAGCAAAAUUCGACUGCAACAACAAACCGUCCAAGUUGAAGGCACUACGGAUGCUGUACGUCGAAAGUCGGCGCCUCAGCUCUUCAGUUUUACCAUAGCGCCCAAGCUUGGCAUGUCUACCGUGGGCGAAGCUCAAAUGGUGCCACGUUUGCCCGUAUACGAGCUGAGCCACUGCAUCCGACGUUCGCGCACUCUCGGCUUGCCCGAGGCGAGGGUCAUUCCGACCACCACGGACAGCAACAGUGAGCCAAGCAGCAGCAGCUUGACGGGCGGCAGCUCUACGUCACCUGAAUCGCUGCUGGAUAAUGUGCUAAGCGGCGCCUCCUCCGUCUCAGUGCAAAGCAGCAGCGCCAGCGACAUUACAGUGGCACCUCCACCACCACCACCGCCUCCUCCAGCACUAAAGUCACCGCUGCUGGCCAAACCCAAACGUGUGCUCAGUUUAAAGGCUUCUCCGGAGCUUCGCAUCUCGCCACCUACGCCGGAUAGUGGCGUUCAACCGGAGAUUAGCACACUACUUUUGCCCGGCAUGGAACCGUCGGAUACACUCAAUUCCUUGGCCUCCAGAACCAGCUGCUCGCCCUCACCUGUUGGCUCGCCCAUGGUAUCGCCCUCGAAUAGCUUUCAGUUACGCAACGAUGCCAGCAGCUGUGUGAGCAUUAGUUAUCCCGAGGAUCUCAAGUGCGCCAUCUGCAUGGAUGUCUACACCGAUCCGCGUACGCUGCAUUGUCUACACUCAUUCUGUCUGCAGUGCCUGGCGAGUGAGCAACUGCGCGAAGAGGUCAACUGGGAGGAUCGCUCCAGCUACAGUAUGCGCUCCUCGACGCCUGAACUCGCAACGGUAUCGCCGGCCCGGCAGCGCGGCGCCAGCUUCAGUCUGCGCAGCAAAAAGUCCAUGGAUCGCAUGGUGCUACGGACCAAGAUCGAUGCCAAGAACUCUGCAAGCUUUGCCAGCGAAGCGGAUAACAUGCGCUGCAUAGGCUGUCACAUCUGUCAAUAUGUCACGGAGCUUCCAGCAGUGGGUGGAGUGCGUCAAUUGCCGCAGAACUUUAUGCUGGUGCGACGCAUUGAGGCACUGCGUCUGCAAGCUGGCGACGAUGUCAUCUCGCGUGUGUGGUGCUCGCUCUGCAGCGAUGAAAUUAGCGCCACCUAUCACUGCAUCAGCUGCACCCUGAAUCUGUGCUCGCUGUGCAAGGAGGCGCACGAAAGGCAGCGCAGCACAGCCAAUCACCAUCUGAGGAACAUUAUGGAGCUGCGACGUGCACGCAAGCAGAAGCAACAGCAGUUGGGAUUGGGAGACAGUAGUCAUUUGCUGUUGAAGUGCGGACUACAUGGCUUCGAGCUGAAGGCCUUCUGUGUGCCCUGCCAGCAGCUGGCCUGCUCGGAUUGUCUGGUGCUGCAGCAUCGCAAUCAUCGCCACGAGACUGUUGCCAAGGCAGCAGUGCAGUUGCAGGUGGCCAAGCAGCUGCGAGAGGCAACGGAACAGACGCGUCCACUCUGCCAAUAUGCGGAGCAUUCAAUUGAGCGUCUCAACGAGAUUGCACGAGGCAUAAAUGCCCGAUGUGAUGACAUCCAGGCGCAGGUGGAGAGCUACAUGAAUAGCUACUUUGAAGCACUGCAGUCGCAUCGCAACACGCUGCUCCAGCAAAUUAGUCGUGCCCGAGAGUCCAAGAUUGAGCUGAUACUCAAUCAGCAGCUAGAGCUUGAAAAACGCACGCAGCAAGCGCUGGAUGCCAUGCGCUUUAGCCAGGAACUGUGCGAUAUUGGUGCCGAGGUCGAAAUAUUGAGCUUUGCUCGCAUUCUGCUGCGACGCUUCGAGUAUUGUCAGCAGUUCAAGCCGCCAGUGGAUCCUAAGAUCUCUGACUCGCUGCAUUUUCUGUCAAAGAUUCGAGCGCCCGCCACCAAGGAGCAGAAUGACAUACCGCUCUACGGCAUCAUCACCAUGCAGACGGUGGAGCCCACGCUCUGCACGCUGCAAUGGGAGGGCUUCUCGCAGUUGCGACUGCACAGAACAGUGCAGCUAAUGCUGCUCUCCAGGGAUCGCGAUGGGGUUGCCUUGUGUCACGGUGGCCUAGAGAUCAAUUGUAUGAUCAAGUACAAGGAGUUGAAUGCCAAGUUUCUGCCCAUCGAUGUGGCCGAUCAUCGCGACGGCACCUACAGCAUCGCCUUCACUCCGGACACACAGGGCACCCUCAUGCUAACUGUCAGCAUCAACGAUCGUCAGAUUAAGGGCAGUCCAUACACCUUCCAUUGCCGGCAAGUGCGUCCACACACCGGUAUCUAUCACUGCUGUGCUUUCUGUUCUGGCAAAGGGAACAAGAGUGUAAAGUGUUCAUGUGAAGGACGCAUGCCAGGCUACAGUGGCUGUGGCCAUGGACAUGCCGGACAUCCUGGGCGGAGGCAUUGGUCCUGUUGCGGCAAUGUGCUCGAAAACUCCGAAUGUAAUGUGGCUAACAAGCUGCUGAACUCGUAA